CCUGGGGCUCCUGCAAACAGAGCAGGCUAUAUACUCACUGACAUAAAAUGGCAAAGCAAAGGGCAUGAUCUUUCUCUCAAAAUUAGCCCUAGUAGCAUGAGCUGAUUUGCACUCUUGGUUUUAAAAGCAGUAAGCAGGUGGUUUAUGGCUUUCCUACUGAAAGACAGUCUGGAAAGUUUAGUUUUCCGCAACGUCACAGCGCCUCACUGGGGAAGAAGUGACUGACGCCCUCUUUCACUUCGUAGAAUGUCAUUAGAGUCGCAAAGAGAAGAUUAAAUCAGUCUGUACAGUUACUGGAGGGAUCAUAACGGUAGUGGACUCUCGGUGUAGGUUGGAUGAAUGGACCUGAAAGGACUUCAUAUAUAACUACAGCCCUUUAUUUGAGAAGAUGAUGUGCUGAUAAGCACCACCUAACAGCUGAAGAUGCGGGAUUCCUUUCUGACUUAUCACCAGAUCAGAGACGUGGUUCGUCUGAGUCAAAAACACACUGACCGCUUCCUUUCUGAUGUCUGUAUUCACUCCCAUGUGAAGUGAGAAAGCCACAUUCAAUCAGACUCACUCUAUCAAGUUCACAAGCAGAACAAUACUACUUUCUUCAGGACCUUUGAUUCUUUGUGCUGGAGUCACAUUGACCUAAAUGCACUCAAUGGUGGGAACUUCAUCCAGCAUCUUUGCAAAGAUGGUAAACAACCAGUCUGCAACAACCCCCAUCAUGAAGAUGGAGGAGGAAUGUGUGGUCAAUGACAAGAUGAUACCCUUUGCUUCAAUCUACAUCCUCAUUUUCCUAAUAGGCUUGGCUGGCAGCCUGGUGGCACUCUGGGCUUUCAUAUACAGUAAGAACUCUAAGAAGUGCAUAAAUGUCUACCUUAUCAACCUUCUGACAUCUGACUUCCUGCUUACACUGGCAUUACCGUUUAAGAUUGCCAAAGACCUGGGAGUGCAGUCUCAGAGACUGACCAUUUUUCAUUGUCAAGUCAGUUCGCCACUCAUCUACAUCAACAUGUAUGCCUCCAUUAUCUUCCUAGCCUUCGUCAGUGUCCACCGCUACCUUCAGAUCACCCAUAGCUCCAAACUGUUCCGUCUGCAGGAGGUGGGCUUUGCUGUGAUGAUGUCAGUUGUGGUUUGGCUCUUGGUGCUCUUCAUUAAUGUUCCAAAUAUGGCCAUCCCGAUCAAGGACAAGAUUCCAGACAGCAAUUCACUAACCUGUGCUGACUUAAAGCAGGAGAUUGGCAAGCACUGGCACACCCUCUCUGCCUUUCUGGGCAUGGCGAUCUUCCUGAACGCCUCAGCAGCCGUGCUUCUGUCCAAUGGCUUGGUGCUUAAGCAGUUUUGGGGCAGACGUGGAGGAGACCCCAAGGAACAGGCCAGCGCUCACCAAGCCACCGUUAACAUUACUAUGGUGACCGUUGCUUACGUGGUGUGCUUUGUGCCAUACCAUGCCGUGCGGAUGCCUUACACGUUCACCCAGAAUCAGGUAAUCACUGACUGCAGUGUAAGGAAACAUCUUUUCUUAGCCAAAGAGUCCACUUUGCUUCUGGCCAUCUUGAACCUGUGCUUUGACCCAGUGCUCUACUUUUUUUUCUGUCGCUCAUUCAGAAACCAGAUCACUCAGGUUUUCUCUAAAAGGACCAUAUCAGACAGAAAUACCAAUGACCGAGACCAAGAGCUACAGUUGCAACCAGUGACAACAGUGUAAAUAGCCUUUUUCCUGCAGCAGAGAGCACGACAAAAAGAAAGAAAGAAAGAAGUCUGAAACAGGAAGCCACAUUCAUUACAUUAUAUUUGGUGCUGUGCUGUAUGCUGUGGUACUGUAAUAGAAACAUGCAAACAAUUUGAAUUCAAGCACUGCACUGCAUGGAUCUGAGAAUGUAAGACACAGAGAAUGUUAAUAUAGAUAUGAGAAGGCCAAAUAAAAACUGUAAACAUCUCAUUAUAAUGGUGACCAAAUAGCAUGAACAUGCAAUAAUGUGCAACCCCCCCCCCCCCAGUAUAUCUUAGUGUACAUUUACAAGGAGGAAGAUAAAGAAGUGAACUAUGUUGGUGUUUAUACUAUUUCACAUUUAAUGGAAAUGAUUGUAUUUAUGUAAUUAUAUAUGUAACUUACAAAAGAAAAGUUUUGUUAUUCUGUCAUCUCCAGUCCAACAGUCCAACAAAGUUGUAAUCACACAAGUUAGAUAUCUCUCUUCUUUUAUCUAAUGAUCAGUCAUAACAGGGAUUACAUACAGGCUAUUCAUUUUUUCAGAAGAUAUUUUCAAAACAGGAAUAAAUUAUAUAAAGAAAAUAAAACUCCUAACAACUGUGCAACCUGUGCAAAACUAUCAAAACCAGAGGAACAGUGUUUAAAGCUUUCAUCUUUGAGAAAGAGGAGAAAAUCAAUCUCCACUCUUGCUUCAGAUAUGAAAAAAUUCACAGGUGUAUGUCCAUCCUUCCACUGUGAGAAGACAACUCAACACUAUAAGUCUAAAAGGAUGUGUAGCUGUUCAAGAAGAAAAGGAAAUAGCUGAAAAGGAAUAAGAACAUUUGCAAAUUAAACAUAGAAGCUGCAGAUUUUCUCAGAGCAAUGAACUGACCUCCCCAAAGUCCGGACCCCAACACCACCAAAUACGUUUGGGAUUACUUGGACAGUGAGAAGCAAAAAAAAAUUCAACUAUGGAGGUGUGGAAAAAAUAUCCCUGCAGAUUUCUUUGAAAAUCUAAAAACAUAUCUCUGUGAAGAAUGAAAUUUGUAAUAAAAUGUAAAGGGUGGACUCUUUAAAUACUGAAUUCUGUUUAGUUGCUAAAGCCUUUGUGUACUUAAAAAUGAAAAAAAACUUUUCCCCUCAGACACUGAAAAUGACUAACUUGUAUUUAAUGGCUGUUUUGACUGUAAUUAAGGGGUGGUGAUUUUUGCAAAGUAUUGUAUAUUAAUAAUCUAUAAUCAUGUUGAGUAAUACAUUAAAAUGCUGAAUCUGA